UGAAGUCAAAGGGUAAAGCCUGAAGGUUGUUUGGUAACAUGGCAGCGAUGAAGUGCAUCCUGGGUCUCCUGGCCCUGCUUGCAGUCUCAGCCUGGACCGAGGCGAGGGUGAACCCGACUGUCACAGAGCAGCUGGAGAAAGCCAAUGAGAAUCUCAACCAUGACCGUGACGGUAUCCAGAUUAACGGGGACAUCGCCGUGUCCCGUCUGCCCACCCUGAGGAACGCUGACCCCUGCGUGCUGCGUGGAUGCAUGUGGCCCAAAGCCACUGAUGGCAACGUUUACGUCCCCUAUGUCAUCGCUAAUCAUUACUCAUAUCAGGAGCUGGACAUCAUCCGAAGGGGCCUCAACUCCUUCUCCUACUCCACCUGCAUUCGCUUCUUCCCCCGCACCAACCAGAGGGACUACCUAAACAUCCAGUCCCUGGAUGGAUGCUACUCCUUUGUGGGUCGCCAGGGAAAUGGCCAAACAGUGUCUCUGAGCCGACGGGGCUGCAUCUAUCAUGGAACGGUCCAGCACGAGCUGCUCCACGCACUGGGCUUCAACCACGAGCAGUGUCGCUCUGACAGGGACCAGCACAUCAGGGUCCUUCUGCAGAAUGUCAUCAAGGGUCAGGAUUACAACUUUAAGAAGCUCAACACUCUGAACCAAGGGACUCCGUAUGACUAUGGCUCCGUCAUGCACUACGGCAGACUGGCUUUCUCCAAAGAUAACAGGAAUCCCACUAUGGUGGCUAUUCCCAACCCCAACGCUGUGUUUGGCCUGGCCAAGCAGAUGAGCCAGAAUGACAUCAACCGCAUCAACCUGCUGUACUGCAGGAAGUAGCCACACUGAAGUCACUGAAGGCAAUCCAGGGAUAGAUGACUUGAAGCAUCCAUCUCACUUUACUCUCUUUACUCUUCCUUCAAAACAAGAAAGUCAAUGAUUCAUGUCAAUGAACGAUUUUCCUGUUUGCUCUUAAGUGGUGGGAAUCACAUAUUCAAUUCACUUUUAUCACUCUAACUAAUAAAUAUUCAUCUAAAACAAA